AUGUGUCUAAGAUAUUCUGAUACUAUCGCACGUGAACAGCAAAUACGCGAAUUAAAUUCUAACAAAAAGAAUCAAUCAAUACCAUCAACAGUUCAACCAAGACAAGAUGAAUCACAUGGUUGCAAAAUUUUUCUGAUAGUCCUUCUAUAUAUUGUAUUCGCCGUUCUUAUACUUGCUCGUUUUACAAUCAAAAAUGGAAGAAUUAUUCAAGAAAUUUAUUAUGCUUUAAAAGAUACACGAACAGAAUCAUUAUCAUCGACUGACUAA